AUGGGAAGGAAAAAAAUACAAAUCUCUCGUAUCCUGGACCAGCGGAAUCGACAGGUACAACUCUUUAAUUAUUCUCGAUCACGUUUGAUUGAUUGUUACAUUUGACAAGGUAUAGUUAAACAGUCACAGACAAAAUAAUACACGAACCAAUAUAUUUCUGUUCCCAGGUGACGUUCACCAAGCGUAAGUUUGGCCUGAUGAAGAAGGCGUAUGAGCUGAGCGUGCUGUGCGACUGUGAGAUCGCCCUCAUCAUCUUCAACAGCACCAACCGUCUGUUCCAGUACGCCAGCACCGACAUGGACAAGGUCCUGCUCAAGUAUACAGAGUACAGCGAGCCUCACGAAAGCAGGACCAACACAGACAUACUGGAGGUAUAAAUAUAUUACUAGCUCCACACAUUACUCAACAGGUUCUCCUAUAUGUAUAGUAAUUUGUUGCAUAAUUAUAUCCAAGGUUCCAAUUACAUUCAUUCCCAAAAAAGACACACUGUUGAGAGUGCUUUGACAUUUGAAUGUGUACAUUUAUGAAAUGCUUACCUGGGCACCCCCAUAAAGCAUUGAAAAAACAAUGUUGGUACAGCCCACUUCUGUAUUGUUAGGACAUCCCCAAGAGUCAAUAGUUUAAACGUGCUGUAGUAUGAAGUAUCCUUGAGGUAAUGUUUGUGUGCUGCUCUUUUCUCUGUCCUGCUGCUGUAGACUCUGCGGAGGAAGGGACUGGGCCUGGGCCUGGACGGGACAGAGCUGCUGGACACUGAGGAGCCCAUGCAGUUGGCAGCAGAGAAGUACGGCCCACUCAGCGAGGGCAUGGACCUCUCCCUGGCCCGCCAGCGCUACUAUGUUAGUACUCACACUGGUCUUAUCAGACACAUGCUGUCUGAGCCAAAGGCUGUACAUGAACUAAAGAUGUUUCAUUGAUUUAUUUUAUUCUGUGAAGAAUGCCUCAGUUUGAAAAAAGGAUUCUAUUGAACGGUCAAACCAUUCAUUUGACUCAGUGAGCACAUUUUGUACUCAUAGAGACACUUUAGCUCUGCAAUGCAGCUGCAAUAGACCUAACUUUCAAAUCUUAACUCAAACAGACACUCUCUCAUAUUUCUCCUCAGGCCCCCUCCUUACACUCACCAGAGGCCCAAUUCCUGGCGUCUGCCGGCUGUGAGAAUGGAUACCCUAACUCGUCCAACUCCAGCCCGAGCUCCCACAGACCCCCGGCCUUCAAGCCCCUAGGCGCUAGACCAGGCUCAGCCAGCUCUGCAGGGCCCCACUGCCAUGCUGCCUUCAUGUCCCCACACUCAGGUGACCUGGCCCCCUAGUUCCUCUUUGCAAACAUUCCUAGAGGGUUAGAGGUACCAUUCUUGACAUGAUUUGCCUACAGAAUGGAUGGCAUGGACGAGUGUCCACGAGUGUGAGGCCACCUCAGUGCUGUGCAGCCGGCUGUGCACACAGGAAGUGAGUGUGUGUGUGUGUGUGUGUGCUGUGUGAAACAGUCCCCCCCACAAGUGAAACAGCGUCUGGCGGCUGAUCUGUGGUUUCUGAGCAGUGAGUGUUUUGCACCUGCUGGUCAUCUCAGCUCAGCUCAACCCCUCACUCUUCACACCCUAUAGUUAUUUGUAGACAUGCGUAGGGAUGCCACUCAAUGGUGUGCAAUCGCAACCAAGCUUUGUAGUUAAUUAACUCAGCAUUUUGAAAGACUAUACACUACAGUAUGAUGCUUGUAAUUUGCCCUUUUUAUCAAUACAGACCAGAGCUAAAUGUAUGGGGAAAAUACGUAUUAUGCUUACUAAGUUAAUGUGUGAAUACAUUUUUUGUUAUCAGGUUGACAUUAAUAAUGUAGGUUUUGGUAGUCUGAAGUAAUCUGAAGUGGCAGAGGUCUAUUAGAGAUACAGUUCCAAAGUUCGAUCCUAAAAAAUUACUUUUACAGGCGGAGUGAGUGACAGAGAUUGAGAGAGAGUGAUUGAGUGUUCUGUCGGUGAGUGAAACAUCUUGUUCUCACUUCCUAUUUGUUUUCUCUCUGUUCAGGUAUUGGCAACUCUAUGUUCUCCCAUGGCAACCUGAGCCGGGCCUUGGAGAUGAAGACUCCUCCCCCUUUGAACCUGGGCAGUGAGAACCGGCGGACAGAGAGCCAACCUGGCAUGGGUGGCACACGUGCCAACUUUAACAGUUCUGUAAGUAUCUCUUAAAUCCUACUUCUCAGUCAUAACGCGAGGUUAGCAUGAGGUACUGCAGUACUGCAGGCUAUAUAGUUCCACUACCACUCAUGGUCAUUAUGAAGGACCAAUCAAAGAGCAGGGUUAUGACGAUGUCAUUAUGAUGAACCAAUCAGAGAGCAGGGUUAUGACGAUGAUAUUACAAAGGGACCAAUCAGAGAUUAGGGUUAUGACAAUGUUAUUACGAAAUACCCAAUCAGAGAGCAGGGCUAUGACGAUGUCAUUAUGAUGGACCAAUCAGAGAGCAGGGUCAUAACAAUUUCAUUAUAAUAAUGUCAUUAUGAAGGACCAAUCAGAGGACAGGGUUAUGACAAUGUCAUUACAAAGGGACCAAUCAGAGAGCAGGAUUAUGACGAUGCCAUUACGAAAGGACAAUCAGAGGACCAACCACACUCACACUUGUACUCAGUCUCACUCUCAUUGUAUUGUUUUGUAAAUAGCUUUUUAACAGUGAUAAUGAAGAGAUUAGGCAUAUUUACUUUGGAUGGUGCCCACAUUGACCGUGUCCACGCUUAUAAAUAUCUGGGCAUUUGGAUAGACGGAAAGCUAUCUUUUAAAAAGCAUAUUGAUGAGUUAGUUAAGAAGUAGAGAAUUAAAAUGGGCUUCUUCUAUAGGAAUAUGUCAUGCAUCUCGUUAAAUAGCAGAAAGCAGGUCAUUCAGUCAACGUUCCUACCGGUUUUAGACUAUGGCGACAUCAUCUAUAUGAAUGCAGCUGACACUAUAUUAAAGCCGUUAGAUGCAGUUUAUCAUAGCGCACUGCGCUUUAUUACAGGCGACAGGUUCAGUACACAUCACUGAAUUCUUUACCAAAAAGUAGGCUGGCCCUCUUUGAAGUUGUGGAGGUCAAUUUAUUGCUCUCUUUUUAUUUAUAAAGCUCUCUUACAAAAACGUCCCCCGUACCUAACAUCAUUAAUAACCUUUAGAGGUAUGAGUUACCAUACACAGUCUCAGGGAUGGCUAUCUGGAGAUCCCUUCGGUCUCUUGGGCAGUUCAAAUAGUUAAUUGGGGACAUCUUUGCUGAGGAAUGUGAUUGUUUCUCUUGAGUGUGUUUUUUUGUUGUAAUCUUGUAUAUUUGUAUUAUGUGGUAUUUGUAAAGUGUGUAUUUGUAGGGCUCCCUUAUAAAAGAGACCUUGGUCUCAAUGGGACUCCCUGCUAAGAUAUAGAAAAAAGAACUCUCUCCAUGUAAUGUUCAGAGAGGCCUACUGUACCCGGGCAUGCACCCAGGGAACCACAUGCUGGCCAUGGGGAAGGCAGGUCUGCUGAGCCAUAGUCUGGGGGGCUACGGCCUCGCCUCUGCUGGACCAUCUGGUAAGACUACAUCUCUGCUCCUCUUAAAUCUUCACCUGCUUCUUAGUUAGUGAUAUACAAUAAUUCUCCUCUUCCCUCCCAGACUACAGCCACCCAGGUUUCUCCCAUGCUGUGAGUCUACAGCGUGGGACAGUGAACCCCUGGCAGACAGCACAACCGCAGGAGCAUCAUGUACCUCACCUCAGCCAAGUGUAAGUCCACUGAUAUACGCCUUACUCAAUUACUCAGUGUUGAACUUUGCACAACGAUGGACCUGAUAGUGUUGUGAAGUGUCUUCUAGUGGCCUCUAUAGGAAAAAUAGCAUGUGAGGAUUCAUUUCAUACUCUAUAUCAUACAUAUACCAUUCUCUUUUCUCUGUCCACUUGCUGUGUACCGGGAUGUCCAGCGGAGGGUGCUCUUUCCCUUCUCAGUCCUCCACCCCCACCCCUCCUCCUCACCCCUCCAUCAACCUCAGCAUCAAAUCGGAGCGCUCCUCCCCGGAGCACAUCUGCUCCCCGACCUCUCCACCCCUGCACCACUUGAGGCAGCACUCUCCAAUGAGCACCCCCAAUUCCGCUCGCCACACCCCCCAUGAGCCCUACCCAGCCAAUGAGAGAGAGGGUUUCCCCAAAGGAGGUGUUCCCUACCCGGCUCAGCACGGGGCAGAGGAGAAAGGGGGGCUGCCCCUGAGGCAAUUAGAAAUCAGCGAUGGAUGGCAGAGAUAG